GAGAAAUACCAGGGCCUUACAGGAGUGAUGCUAAUAGGGUACGAAAAGUUUAAAAAGCUGAAGGUGUGUUUUCUGUGAUCGUGUUCCCUGUGCAUCAUAAGGGAAGUAGCCACAGCAUCCCAUUUACCUGAAUACAGAAAAACAAAUGACAAUCUGUGAUGCUUUUUCUCAGAAAUCAGCAAGUUACAGUUAUCCCAGCGCUCAAGAAGCUGUCUCUGCUUGUCAGACCUCCAGUUUGUGUCGGUUCCCAUUCCUGUUGGAAGAGCUGCCUCUACGGACAUCCUGUCAGGAGUAAUGUGUGGGCAUGUAUGUGCGUGCGCACGAGAUGCAGUGACAUGGACCAUCUUGCAGAUCAUGUCCCAGUGGAUAAAGUGGGGAACAGAAAUAGUCCAACGUCAUCCUGGAAACUAGCAGCUGUGGUAAAAAAAGAAACAUUUUCUAAGUUUUCCCUAUGGUUAUAUGCCCAGUUUGAAGUGCACGGAGCUUUGCCUGAUGUGCAAGAAGUGAUAAGCUUUAUCCUUCUGUCUUUGCAUGCACUCCUGGUGCUAAGUGUUGAAAACUGCUGCAUGAAGAAACAUCUUCUAAAUGCCAUUCUGUUGCUCUGCUGGGAAGAAAUACACAGUCCCGUACGCAGACAAAGAUUCAACUCAGUUACAGAUGGAAACUGCCAUUACAGAGAGACACCGUCCACUCAAAAUCCAAUGAAAUGCACAGACAGAUUUAAAGUUGACUCUCCUACAACUUCUGUUGAGUGUCCCCACCAGUCCUUGUGAAUUGUGUUUGCUUGGCUUUAAAUUCCCAUCACGUGGUAAAAUUGACAUAAACUAAAAGAGGCUUGAGUAUGGCUUAUUACACAGAGCUGUGCUAAUUCAUAAGGUGUUGAAUGAGAGAAAUCAUACCUUCUGGGGUAUGGGAAGGAAAAAUUAAGUGGUUAUAUGCAAAAAAAAAAAAAAAAAAAACUAAAGAUAAAAGGUAAACAGUUAUGGAAAAGAUGGGUGAUGGGAGUAGAAUGAAGCCUGGGAUCUUAACUUUAAAUUGAAGUUAAUCUAGGUCAUUUUCUGUAACAGAAGGAUAAUAUCUAAAUACAGAUAUGAUUAAGUCAGUGUGGUUCCCUACCACAAUGUGUACCACGUCCAAGUCCACAUUGACAGCGAAGACCUAGAUUAAAGGUUUCCAGUAUAUGUGGUGAAUUUCAGUCCAGACACAACAGUAUUAUUUUUUCAGGAUUUUUCCCUCGUAAGUGGUUACAACAUUGUAAAUAGCACACUAUGUAUUGUUUGGAAAGAGCUCAGAAGGCCGUCUGAUCAGAACUAUCAUAGUACUGCUGUACUUCUAUCACCCUUUCAGCAUUUUCUCAGUUUUGUGUUCUGUAUUCCUCAGCACAGAAGCAUGUUAUUUUGCUGAUUUUAUGCAGAUUUGAAUGUACUCUACGUUGGGCUUGUUGAGUGAGUUUAACAGAAAAGGACCAUUCACAUGUUCUGCUCUGGGCUUUCCCAUUCAGAACUGUGACCUGAAUUUUUAUACAAGUUUGCCAUAGUCAUGUCUACUGGUCGCCUCUAGGUGUUGAUGCUUCUUGCUUAUUUGGUUCUUUUUUGUUGCUGGGAGCAGAUAUUGCCUUUAAAAUGUAAGGAUACAGCUCUUAUGGUUUAAAAAAAUACUGUUAACUAACAUGUAGGCUAAUAUUGCAUAUCCAGUACAUAUACAAUAUAUGUGUUUAUAGAUAGUGAUGUAAGGCGCUAUACAUCAAAUUGAAAUAAGCAGUAUUGGUUCACAUAUUUUUAUGGUGAUGGAAAUGCACUUACAGUAAAUGACAAGCACAUUUA